AUGCCCUCCGCAAAGCCCCAAGAGAAAGGCGAGUCAUCCACAGCUGCCAUAAAGGCAUCGCUGGAUAGCUCUUCAAACGGCCAGGCAAAUUAUGAGCUGCCAUGGGUUGAAAAGUACCGACCAGUAUUCCUUGACGAUGUUGUCGGCAACACGGAGACGAUCGAGCGAUUGAAAAUCAUUGCAAGAGAGGGCAAUAUGCCGCAUGUCAUCAUAUCUGGCAUGCCGGGUAUCGGAAAGACGACCAGCGUGCUGUGUCUAGCAAGGCAGCUUCUCGGUGAAUCUUACAAAGAAGCCGUGCUGGAGCUCAACGCCAGUGACGAGCGUGGCAUUGAUGUUGUCCGAAAUCGUAUCAAGGGUUUUGCACAGAAGAAGGUCACAUUGCCAGCUGGGAGACACAAAUUGGUCAUCCUUGAUGAGGCUGACAGCAUGACCUCCGGAGCACAGCAAGCAUUGAGGCGGACGAUGGAAAUUUACUCCAACACGACACGGUUUGCCUUUGCCUGCAAUCAGUCCAACAAAAUUAUCGAACCUCUCCAGUCAAGAUGCGCCAUCUUGCGGUACGCAAAGCUUACCGAUGCCCAAGUCGUUAAGCGUCUCAUGCAGAUCAUCGAAGCGGAAAAGGUCGAAUACAGCGACGAUGGGCUGGCGGCCCUAGUAUUCAGUGCCGAGGGAGAUAUGCGGCAGGCUAUCAACAAUCUCCAAUCUACAUGGGCUGGUUUCGGCUUCGUCUCUGGCGACAACGUCUUCAAAGUGGUGGACUCCCCUCACCCAAUCAAGGUGCAAGCCAUGCUCAAAGCGUGCUAUGAAGGAAAUGUCGACUCAGCUCUGGACACACUGCGGGAGCUCUGGAAUCUCGGAUACUCGAGUCACGACAUCAUUAGUACAAUGUUCAAGGUGACAAAGACUAUUCCGACACUGAGCGAGCACUCCAAAUUGGAGUUCAUUAAAGAGAUCGGUUUCACGCACAUGAAGAUUCUAGAGGGUGUUCAAACACUUUUGCAGCUCAGCGGGUGUGUCGUCAGGCUUUGCAAGAUAAACAUGGAUCCCAAACGGUUUAAGACAUCGGCCUAG